AUGUCCAUGCUGCGCUGCUCGCGCCCUCGGCUGCCACUAUCAGCAGCAGCAGGCCCGCGACCGAUCAUCGACAUCAUCCUCACCUUGAUGAUUUGCUCAACAUCCCAAGGUAUUCUGUUCGACAAGGACAAACAUUUUAUAAACACUAUUUAUUUAUUUUAAAAACGGAAACCUUUGAACAGUCAUUGCAAAGUAUGUUCACAAAUAGAACUGCAUGGUUCUCAAAUAGCGUGAGAAGAGGAGUCUGUUGGUUUUGGGGUAAGUUAGCUAGCUAGCUCAAGGCUACUUAGCUAAACUUGAAUAAAAUAAUGAAUUUGGGAUACCAGUUUCAUAAUUUAUUGAGUGCACUAAAUUUCCAUUUCAGUAUCGGAGGGUGGAGCUAUUACAAGUUGGGAGACUGCAGACUACCUUUUCAGUGAGGAUGCCACCUGUCCUGAUACAGUCAGGUAGGCUAGCUAGCUAGCAGCUAGCUAACGUUAGCUAUGCACACCUAGCUAGACAGCUCUCUAAUCAAGUGUUUCCACUUCACGAAUUGUGACUCCUAACCGUCCAGAUUAAUUCCUACUUAUUUAUACAUUAAAAUAGCCACUUCGGAUGUUGCGUUUGUUUUCUUUGUUUUUACCUUUGGUCAGCCCAGCUGAGCAUGAUGUCUUUAUUUCCUUGUUCACUGAUUUUCCUUUGUAAAACGUGGCCUUUUUGUCCUGAUUCCUGCUGUGUCACUGUCAUAGGCCCGCCUCUAGGGGGCAUGGUUUCUUCGUGAGCAGUGCAUCCCAGGAAAUGUAAAUCGAAAUGUAGACGCAUUGACAUACAUUUGUUUAUUUAUUUCAGGAUAUUUGAGAGUGGGGACUAUGCUGAGAACAGGCUGACAGUUUUUCACAGCUUCUAUCUAGCUGCUUGUGAGAAAUGCCACAGUGUCAAGUCGGUGUGCAUCGGUCAUUAUGUGCUGCCUCCAGUCUCUGUCCAGGAGGGUAAGUAGAUCAUAUAAUCAGCUUUCCUUCCCUUGUAUUUUGCAUGACUGUCAUAAUGCAAAAAAUUUUCCCAUAAUAAUAUUCUCCAUCACACUGAAAAAUAUGCACACAAAAUAUGUAAAUCAUUUACCUUUUCAGUGGUGAAAGCAGUGGUUGGGAGAUUCAUUUGGGAGCAGGAGGAUAAUGCAAAGGCUGUUGAAACAGAGGUAAAAAAAUGCUCUUCUUCAUCUUAGUUUCAAUUUAGUGAAAAUCAUAAUUUGUUCACUUUAAGCACAAUACAUUUGUAUAUGUAUUGUAUUUCUAUUGUAAGGAUUCAGAUGACAUAUUGGCAUUGGGCAAUAGGCAGAAGGAAGAGGACUGCAGUGGAGAUUACUGUGAUCACACAGACAUCAAUAGUUGGUAUGUACUGCAUCUUGUAUGGAUCUCCUGAUCAGCUACUAAUUUUGAGGGGUUCAGAACAAUUACCUACAGUACCAGUCAAAAGUUUGGACACACCUACUCAUUCAAGGUUUUUUCUUAAUUUUUACUAUUUUCUACAUUGUAGGAUAAUAGUGAAGACAUCAAAACUAUGAAAUAACACAUAUGGAAUCAUGUAGUAACCAAAAAAGUGUUAAAGAAAUCAAAAUAUAUUUUCUACUUGAGAUUCUUCAAAUAGCCACCCUUUGCCUUGAUGACAGCUUUGCACACUCUUGGCAUUCUCUCAACCAGCUUCACCUGGCAUGCUUUUCCAACAGUCUUGAAGGAGUUCCCACAUAUGCUGAGCACUUGUUGGCUGCUUUUCCUUCCCUCUGCGGUCCGACUCAUCCCAAACCAUCUCAAUUGGGUUGAGGUCGGGGGAUUGUGGAGGCCAGUUCAUCUGAUGCAGCACCAUCACUCUCCCUCUUGGUAAAAUAGCCCUUACACAGCCUGGGGGUGUGUUGGGUGAUUAUCCUGUUGAAAAACAAAUGAUAGUCCCACUAAGCCCAAACCAGAUGGGAUGGCGUAUCGCUGCAGAAUGCUGUGGUAGCCAUGCUGGUUAAGUGUGCCUUGAAUUCUAAAUAAAUCACAGACAGUGUCACCAGCAAAGCACCCCCACACCAUAACACCUCCUCCAACAUGCUUUAUGGUGGAAAAUACACAUACGGAGAUCAUCUGUUCACCCACACCACGUCUCACAAAGACACAGCAGUUGGAACCAAAAAUCUCCAAUUUGGAUUCCAGACCAAAGGACACAUUUCCACCGGUCUAAUGUCCAUUGCUCGUGUUUCUUGGCCCAAGCAAGUCUCUUCUUAUUAUUGGUGUCCUUUAGUAGUGGUUUCUUUGCAGCAAUUCGACCAUGAAGGCCUGAUUCACACAGUCUCCUCUGAACAGUUGAGGUUGAGAUGUGUCUGUUACUUGAACUCUGUGAAGCAUUUAUUUGGGCUGCAAUUUCUGAGGCUGGUAACUCUAAUGAACUUAUCCUCUGCAGCAGAGGUAACUCUGGGUCUUCCAUUCCUGUGGCGGUCCUCAUGAGAGCCAGUUUCAUCAUAGAACUUGAUGGUUUUUGCGACUGCACUUGAAACUUUCAAAGUUCUUGAAAUGUUCCGUAUUGACUGACCUUCAUGUCUUAAAGUAAUGAUGGACUGUCGUUUCUCUUUGCUUAUUUGAGCUGUUCUUGCCAUAAUAUGGACUUGGUCUUUUACUAAAUAGGGCUAUCUUCUGUAAACCACCCCUACCUUGUCACAACACAACUGAUUGGCUCAAACUCAUUAAGAAGGAAAGAAAUUCCACAAAUUAACUUUUAAAUCAGGCACACCUGUUAAUUUAAAUGCAUUCCAGGUGACUACCUCAUGAAGCUGGUUGAGAGAAUGCCAAGCGUGUGCAAAGCUGUCAUCAAGGCAAAGGGUAGCAUUUGAAGUAUCUCAAAUAUAAAAUAUAUUUUGAUUUGUUUAACAAGUUUUUGGUAAUUACAUGAUUCCAUAUGUGUUUUUUCAUAGUUUUGAUGUCUUCACUAUUAUUCUACAAUGUAAAACAUUUUUUAAAGAAAGAAAAACCCUUGAAUGAGUAUGUGUGUCCAAACUUUUGACUGGUAGUGUAUGUACACUGAGUAUACCAAACAUUAGGAACGCCUUCUUAAUAUUGAGUUGCACAGAACAGCCUCAAUUCAUCGGGCCAUGGACUCUACAAGGUGUCGAAAGCAUUCCACAGGGAUGCUGGCCCAUGUUGACUCCAAUGCAUCCCACAGUUGUGUCAAGUUGGCUGGAUAUCCUUUAAGUGGUGGACCAUUCUUGAUACACACAGGAAACUGUUGAGUGUGAAAAACCCAGCAGCAUUGCAGUUCUUGACACAAACCGGUGUGCCUGGCACCUACUAACAUACCCCGUUCAAAGGCACUUAAAUAUUUUGUCUUGCCCAUUCACCCUCUGAAUGGCACACAUACACAAUCUAUGUCUCAAUUGUCUCAAGGCUUAAAAAUCCUUCUUAACCCCUUCAUCUACACUGAUUGAAGUGGAAUUAACAAGUGACAUCAAUAAGGGAUCAUAGCUUACACCUGGAUUCACCUAGUCAGUCUAUGUCAUGGAAAGAGCCUUAAUGUCCUUAAUGUUUUGUACACAAAGUGUAUAAAUCAUUGGUCCAGAACAGAGCAUGCUUUUUUACAUUUCUACCACUAGGGGUCAUAUUUACCUAUGCAAUGGUUACAGCUGUUCAGUAUAAUGUGCUCACACUAAACAAGUAAACUAUUUUUAUGAAAUAGCCAUGAGGUACCCUUUCUGGAUACUCCGAAUACUCCCGAAAGAGAGGCGGCUCUGUGUUGUGAAGUACAACAUUACCCAGUUAAUAACAUGGUUACAGGUAAAACAAAUAAUUAUCACCCAGCAUUCUUACAACUAUCUUUAUCAUGUGCUUUCCAUACGAAUGUAUUAUCAAUGAUAGAAAUACACCCUUUCUAGAAUAAUGAAAAUAUUUAUAAUGUAACAAUGUUUAUUCUAUUUGAAGGCUAUGUCAGUAUUGAUGAACUGAGGACUUACUCAGGAGGACUUCAAGACUUCCUACCAGGCCAUUGUGGUUCUUCAGUCUCUAAAAAAAGGCGCUCUACAGUAGAUAUUGCUUAA